UGUAGAACAAUUUGGAUGGCCCCGUUUGGACAGAUACCAGUGCUUUCAGAGUACAAACUGGCAAUCCUGUUGGUACAUCACUUUGAAAAGGAAGGAAAAAUGUCUGCAUUAGAUAAGAGUGAAAGAGCAGCUCAGCCUCACAGGGAGAAUGCGUCAUUCCUGAAGGAUACACGUUGUCUGGAUCCCAUCAGACAUUUCAGCAGAUAUAUCAAUAUUUGUGACUGGUUUGCUGCUGAAACUAGCUACUUCUGGGCAGCUGGUCCAAAACAGAACGUGUGCCAUCGUAGCCUACCCACUGAAUUUCUGCCCACAUCAUACAUGUUGUGUGAGCAUCACUUACACCAUCCCCUAACUUGGUCGCUCACAUGGACUUGAACAAUGUGCGAAGGGAAGCCACAUUUUGAGGACACAAUAGCUACUGACAGCAGACUGCAAGCAGUACACUGAUUGAUCUUUUCAGCACUUGCAACACUCAUAGCAGCAUAAAACUUAAGCAGGCCACAUGCUUCAACCGUAUAUACAGUGUAUGCAGGAUGUUGUGUGCUUGAUCCCAGCCUGGCACACAGUGGAUUUUUUCCUCAGGGAAGCAAUAUUUAGUGUUAAUAAAGUUAUGUUGCAGGAAAGAAAUCACAAGCUCACUUCAUAUUGCAAUUUCCUCAUUCAAUACAUCUUACCUCCUUGAAAACUGAAGUAGUUGAUUUUAAAGAAUGAAGAUUUUAGGAGGCGUUCUUUAAUCACUGAUAUUAAUGCCAGAGUCCAAAAGUCAAGUAUCAUGAUGACUAGUGCACAUUACACAUUUCAUAUGUGUCACAUGAUGUUGUACAUGAGUACCUGCAUAAUCUUUAAGAACUCUGCUCUAUUCCACAUUUUUGGGGAUACCACUGCCCUCAGUUAUGCCAUCUACAUGUACAUAAGAGCCUUUUGUCAAUAUGGACAAAUUCAACUAAUAACGAAAGGCGUCUUACAGGAUGUUUUAAUGAAACCUCAAUUUUAUUUGACAAAUUGAUAGAGACAACUUUGAAGCUAUUAUAUAAUAAAUGAGGUGCUUGAAAAAAUAUGUUUGUAUGUGUACAUUGUACAUCUGUAUAUUUACAUUUUGUAAUUCGGAAUUUUGGGGGAUUUGGUCAUUUACAAACCAAUUUGAGUAAUGUUUAGAAGUGUUUGCUUGCUCCUCUCACCAAGGGAAGCCAGAAACCCGUCUUUAAUAUUCUGCCUGAAAAUUUAACAAGCUGAUGCAUUUUGUUACUUUUUCCCCCAAAACAAUUCUGACUGUAUAAAAUCAGCUUAUAAAGAUCCUAUUAGUACAUGUAUUACAUACAGUUUAUGAAGUAUGGCAUGUACAUGUACAAAGUCAGUGGGAAAAUUAAGCUAUGGGCCUUCAUGUUUCCCACACAUUUUUCUAAUAUAACACGAUGUCCCUUAAAUUUAAAUCUUGUAGAAAAACACAAUUUUGCUCAUACAUAUAGCCUUAGCAUUGAAAUUUUUUUUUAACGACUUGAACUUGAAUGUGAACCGGGGAACAUGUACUUUUUUUUCCCUUGAAAAAUCCGACAACCCCACCAGAUGAGUAUUUACAACUCUGAAAAUUGCUUUACGAGUCAGAAAAAAAAGUUUUGCUGGAUUAAGCCAACCAGACCUGGUAGUGUCUGGCUGAGAGUACUCGAUCAUGUUUGCCGAUUGUCACGAUCAUGAGAAAAGAAUACAUGCACAGCUUUCCCUGUCUAAAGGCUCCCUAAUUGUUGAUAAUGCUCACGUUAGUAUACUUAUGAUUAUC